AUGAAAUCAGAUGAGCUGAGUGUUCGAUGGAAACCGUCGGAAUUUGCUGAAACUUUCGACGUUCGCACAUACUCGGUGCAAUACAGAGCAUAUGGUGAAGAGACCUACAGCGAGCAUACUCAAACAGCUACCACUAAAACUAAAGACUACUAUUACAGGAUUAAGUCUCUCGAACCUGAGACUAUUUACAUGAUACGGGUCGGUGCUGUUAACCCGUAUGGACCCAAUUUCAACGAGGAAACCGGCCAUGAAACCGAACCCGCACCUAAGCCAUUUUUUACUAUUCACAGUAAUUUCUAAAAUUGACAACAGGUUUUUCGUAAAUAGAAGUUUUUUCAUCAGUGUUUUGUUAACCUUUACACGUGACGUCUCGUUCAUAUUUUGCUGGAAACUUGAUCACUGAUUAUUUUAUAUCUUUAGGUUUAUGUAUUACUACUGUACCUUCGCAAUUUUUAAGCAUCAAAACACUUUGGCAAACGUAUGCUGGAAAUUAAGUCUUCCUAUUUUAAAAUUUCGAUAAAUUAUCUUGCUCCGAAAGUAGUGAGGGAUAGUUUGAAUUAAAGUCAGGUUUUUACAAGCUUUAACAAGUUUUAACAAAAAUGUGUUGCUACUUGCAUUUUACAGCAUAAGGAAUUGUACCCGCAAUCUUACGCCUUACGUCUCACCUAUGGCCAUCCUUGAAUACUGAUAUACAGCCUUUGAAAAAGGUCGACAAUGUCAUGUGUGGCUUUAAUUCUGAUAUCACACAUUUUUUAUUACAGCUUUUGCUUGGUGGAUUAUUUUCUUGGCCGUGUUAGGUGUCCUCUUGAUUCUUGGUAUACUCAUCGGCAUUAUUAUUCACAGACUCAAGAAAGCGCAGGAAAGAAGAGAGCAAAGAGAGGCUCGGUUUCAAACUCUCCCAUCCCAAAACGAGGCUCAAAAGAUACCCUUACGGCGGAUUCACUUCUUGUGUUAAUCCUAUAUAAACAUAAACCAGAUACGAUUCUACAGUUGCAUGCAAUUAGAGCAUUCCAUUAAGAGUCGAAAAAUCAAAUCAAACUAAUCGCAGCAGCCUAUCACGACAAAGGAAAAUAUCCCGAGGAUGAGAACUCUACGUAAAAAACAAGCAAGUUGCUUUAGGCCCGUUCAAGAGAGUGGUGCGAGUUUUCUGGACCAGUCACGCAGCGGAGCAAGUCACAAUCAAAGCAAUCCAGGAUUACCUUGGACACUCAAUUGAACAUUUCUCCAUCAGAAAUUUAUCGCACAUUACGAAAGGUUCUGUCGACCUAUCCUUGCCAUUUAACUAAAAUCACACCAUCCUUGAUGUGAAAUCACUGUCCACGCAUAUUUUGUCUUUCAGGGCGAAGUAGCAGUUUACCAUGCGGAGAAUGUUAAAGCGUUAACAUGCUCGUUUACAAACACUGCUUACAAGCCGGGUGAGAUGAACUGGAAAGAGUUUCCGUACGCGAAUAUCAAACUGUUGGAUGAACUAGGUUCGGGAGCCUCUUCGUAG